AUGGAUGAAGAAAUACCGGUUCGAGAUCGUUCAAGGCUAGAAGGGAGGACUGUCACUAAUCUUCACCAUUACCGUGCUGAGAUUUUCUAUGUUGCUAUUGACAAAAUAUGUGUGGAGAUGGAUCACCGCUUUAGUGAAGGAAGUAAUCUUGUGCUUAAAUGUUUUUCAUGUCUUGAUCCCAAGAACUCUUUCUCCAGGUUUGAUGUUAAUAAGCUUGCCCAUCUUGCUGAUAUUUAUCAUGCUGACUUUUCUGAUGAUGACCGUGGAACAAUAAGGGAGCAACUUGCCACUUAUAUACUUCAUGUGAGGAGACAUGUUUCCUUUUCUACUUGUGAUGAUGUUAAAAGUUUAGCUUUGAAGAUGGUUGAAACUGAGAAAGAUUUGUUAUUUCCAUUGGUCUACAAACUUAUUGAGUUGGCUUUGAUUUUGCCGGUGUCAACAGCAUCUGUUGAAAGAGCUUUUUCAGCAAUGAAGAUUAUCAAGUCUAAAUUGCGCAACAAGAUCAGGAAUGAGUGGUUCAAUGACUUGAUGAUAUGUUACACCGAGCGGGAGAUAUUCAAGUCAGUUAGAGAUGUUGAUAUUAUUCGAACAUUUACCACAAAUAAGUCUCGCAAAGGGAAUUUGCCUCGUGAUUUUAUUAAUUAG